AUGAUGGCUUUCUUUGUGUCCUUUUUUCCCGAUCCCCAGAUCAGUAGAGUUCCGGGCAGACGGCCCUCUUCUACUCGUGCUCCCGCCGCCUUUAUCCCCAUUGCGCCGCGUCCGGCUCCCUCGUCGGUGUCGUCGGUGUCAUCUGCUUCCUCGUCCUUGGUGCCGGAGUCUGGCGCGCUUCCAGGCCAGAGGUCGAAUUCCGUUCCGGGUCUCAAGUUGGAGGAUCUACAGUACUCCCAACAGGUUGAUCCAGCCUUGAGAGAUGUGCCGAUGACGACCGCCAUGGGUGGUGGUGGUGCUUCUCUCGCUCCCUCGGACUCCUAUGUCCCUCUCUCCUGCGCGUCGCUUGCGUCCUCUCCGCUCGGCUCGCUCGCCGAAACUCCCCUGUCCGUCUCGAUGUCCAUGUCGAUGUCGAUGUCCAUGCCGAUGUCGAUGGCCAGCGGCGCCUGGGCCACAGAUGCCACUCCGGCGUAUGGGGAUGUCAGCCCGUUCACGCUGGAGGAUAUGGAUGUUGACGUGAUAGGCGAUUGGACUUGGUUGUCGCAAACGGUAUGA